AUGAACCGGUUUCGGGUUGUGGAAUAUGGACUCGUCCGCCGUUUAGGGUACCAGGGUCUGUAUGACAGACUGGGCUUGUCCCCUACUCAACGGCUUGAAUUAAAUACUUCCAUAAAUAGAGAGCUUCGCGAACGAGCUAUCGCUGUGAAGAGCUUGGAGCUUACUGACCUAAGGGAAGUAACUCUUAUUCCCAACCACAACUUCCUGUCGUCUGCGUUCGAUGGAACUUACACACCCCUGCCUAACAUGUUCCAGUUUGUUAAUGAAAAUCAGAACAACUUCAAUUUGUCAUCUGGAGACGGUGAAAUUACAAAUGGGUUGUCAGUUUCGGAUGCAGAGGGGAAUCAAACAGACAAUAAUUCAACAAGAAAGCGAAAGGUAGAUGAAGAAGGAUUUGUCCAUCCGACAACACCAGACAUCCCCAAAUCGUCCAUACGCUAUGGGCUCCCCUCAAAGCCUUUUGGAUUUGAAAAGCUUAUAAACCAUGAUCAGGAUAUACUUGCAGAAGAUGCAGUUCGACAGAAUCCCGAUUUUGAUGAAACCAAUGAAGAAAGUAAUAAUACGAGACGCGAAGAAAGUGAACCGGUGAUUUCAUCCAAGGACGCAAAAGUAACAGAAAACGCUUGUGUGGAGAUAUACUCGGAUUCAGAUUCUGAGAGAAUGGGUGACAAAUCGACAAAGCAUGAUAAAGUUUCAAAACUUAUAAUAGAGUUGUCUGCAGAAGUUCGAAUGGCUACAAUGCAAUUUGCCGAAACGUUUGAGGACAGCGAAAACUAUGAGACAUUUUGUGUAUCUCAGCUUGAUCAACUAAUUUCAGAGGCAGUCAGUUUGGAGGAAACACUGAAAAAUCAGAAAGAAGCUCUUCGUCAAAGACUUGGUUUCAUAUCGAGAACACUACAAGAAAUAUAGUUGUUUUGUACAGGCUUUGUCAAUUUUCGAAACUGUAAAAAAACUGUUCAAUCUUUAGAUCAGUUUGUGUAAGAUGAUUAUAUUUCAUUAUUCGCGUGUAAGCUACUAAUCACUAACAGUGACAAAGUUUCUUUCGCGAUCUUGUUUUAAAGUUUGACAUGAUAUUGUUCUAUUUAAAUUAAAGCUAACUUGUGCCUAA